GUUUUCAACAAUUGACCCUGGGAGCACAGUUAACCAAGUGGAAAGUUCGGAUUUUAAAUGCCGGGCCUUUGUGUAGGUGAACAUACAUUUAUGUCAGUCUCGGGUAAUUCUACCCAGGAUUAUAUUUAAAAACGCGAUUCUCUUUGCAAGUUGGAUAAAAUCUCCUCGGAACUCAUCGUAUUGAUAAGUGUAACUCUCUCUGUUUGGAAUACAUCGCAAAUACUCGACCAAUCAGACCAAUAAAAAUGUACCCCCACAGUGGGCGGGGCGGACCCUACCGUGGGGACAGAGAGGAGGAGUACAUUGGAUCACGGUACUUGAAUCAGCAACAUUUACGAGCACCUGCCAGUGGGUCGUUCAGUAGCCGCGCCACAUCCUCGGACCGAUACUACCCAUCUCACCGGAUUGAACCCCCCGUAGAUUACAGAGAGAGGGACCUGGAGGAUAGAAGAUCUACAGAAAAUGGAGAAGAUAAUGUAUCCUUUGCGAACUCUAUGGAAAAAAGAAAAUCCUUGCGGAAGCUCCUCAGUCGCUUUGCAGACAAGACGGCAAUGCAAGGUGUGGGCUAUAUAAGCUCUGCCAAAUACUGGUAUUCACGGGCAAUUUGGGUAUUCCUUCUCUUAGUGGCCAUGGGAUGGAUGGUCUUCCAUCUUUAUUAUCUUAUAUCGCAAUUUACGGACCUUCCUGUUCAGACUAAAAUAUCCCUUGGGUUUAACAACCUACAAUUUCCGGCCGUGACGCUGUGCAGUAUGAAUGUUGUCAAAUUCUCGGAGCUCCAAACCACCUCCGUUGCGUUUCAAUCCCUCGUUGCUCUAACGCAGCCUAGUCGGUUCAAACCCGAGGACUACAUUCCUGGAGGGGGCCCUCCGCCUCCUCCCCAACCCCCCAAAGACCGGAAGAGAAAGAAAAGGUUUGUCUCCGAGUUUGAUGACCUUGGGAACCUGACAGACUACGGGGAUUACUACGACGAUCCUUCGUUCCGAGACGAGGCCUUCAAGGACGCGAAGAAAGACAACUUGUACGAGGUAGAGAAUACCUUCAAAAACCUCUACCUGGCCAUGCCGAGGGGAGUCAGAGUGCAAGCUGGUCAUCAAAUACAGGACAUGCUGCUGUCGUGUUCCUUCAAUGGUUUCAAAUGUUUCCCAGUAAACUUUACAUUGGUGAACACCCCCGAAUAUGGAAAUUGCUUUACAAUAGAAUCUGGGAACUUUAUAACAAAAAACCCAGGGCCAAAAACGGGCCUGACAUUGAUAUUUUACACUCAGAAUGAUGAGUUCCUGGAAGGAAUCAGUCAGGGAUAUGGAAUGCGUUUACAGAUCCAUGAACCGGGAACUUUCCCGAUGCCAGACCAAGAGGGAAUUUUCCUUUCAUCUUCAUUUGAAACACAUAUCGGUCUGCGAUUGACGGACAUCACUCGUAUAACUCCACCUCACAGAGAAUGUAAUGAUGGAAUUGAGUUCAAAAAGGUCAAUAAAAUGCAGUACUCCAGAUCGGUGUGCCGGAUAUUCUGUGAGCAGGAACAGUCCCUCAGUCAGUGUGGUUGCUACAAUCACGACUACAAGGAAUUCUUCUUCUUCAGCAACAACACGAACAAAAACAGAUGGUGCAAAACUCAACAAGAUAUACGUUGCCUUGCAACUAUUAUGAAGGAAUUUGGUAUGCAACAGAGAACGUGUAGCUGUUUAAAUCCUUGCAAGGAGAAAAAAUACUCUUUAUUUCCCAGUAGCAGGCAAUGGCCCACCGAAGCAUAUAGCACCAUUUUGAUGCAGAGUCUAUGUGAACAGUUUCCUGCCAAAUGUCAGCGUGUUGUCAACAUGAAGACAGACCCACGCUCUCUAGCUCUAAAUUUUGUGAAAGUGACCGUUUACUACGAAGAUCUGAACUACGAGGAAUUCGUUGAGGAACCAGAAAUAGCGACGGCACAGUUUGCCUCGGACGUGGGUGGAGCCGUCGGUUUGUGGAUCGGUCUGUCCGUACUGGCUAUCUUUGAAGUCGUCCAGUUUUUUAUUGAGCUUUGCGCGUACGGUGUACAUGUGUGGCGAUACAAACAAAGGAAAUCCAAGCAGAUCAAAAAACGAAAACAAAGACAAAAUGGCUAUGCCAUAAGAGAAGAAAAGGAUUUUGCAAAUGAAAAAAGAUACCAAGAGAAUUGGAAUUCCUACCGGCAUUAUUAAGCAACAUGCAGAGAAAAUGUAUAUGUGUUCGAUUUUUUGUGUGUUUU